CUGGAACAGGUGAAUCCCAACUCGUACGCGCUAGUGGUGAGUACUGAGAACAUGACUCUUCACUCGUACACUGGCAACAACCGCUCCAUGCUACUCUCAAACUGCAUCUUUCGAAUGGGAAGCGCUGCCAUUCUCCUCUCCAACAAACACUCCGAUAAAAGACGUGCUAAAUACCAACUCAUCCACACCGUUCGAACCCACAUGGGCGCCCAAGAUAAAAGCUACAGGUGUGUUUUCCAAGAAGAAGACAAGGAUGCUCGAAAAGUGGGCGUCCGCCUCUCCCGGGACAUCAUGUCAGUGGCCGGAGAAGCCCUAAGAACGAACAUCACGACUUUAGGUCCGUUGGUCCUCCCCAUGUCCGAGCAACUCCUCUUUUUGUUCACGCUCCUCGGCAGAAAGGUGCUCAAGAUGAAAAUCAAACCAUACAUCCCAGAUUUCAAGCUCGCGUUCGAUCACUUCUGCAUUCACGCAGGGGGCAGAGCAGUAUUGGACGAGCUGGAGAAGAAUCUCGAGUUGAGCCCAUGGCACAUGGAACCUUCUAGAAUGACACUCUAUCGGUUUGGGAACACGUCAAGCAGCUCGUUGUGGUAUGAACUGGCGUACGUAGAGGCCAAGGGUAGGGUUCGUAAGGGGGACCUUACGUGGCAAAUCGCGUUCGGCUCAGGGUUUAAGUGUAAUAGCGCAGUGUGGAAGGCAUUGAGACGGGUUAACCUCACUCAGGAGAGAAAUCCGUGGACAGAUGAGAUUCACGAAUUUCCCGUAGAG